UAGACUCCGGUACCAGUUCCCCGUACGGCCGCGUUCCUUUCCUCUCCGUGUUUCCUCUCUUCGCUUUUUUUCUCUCUCUCACUCACUCUCUCUCUCUCUCUCUCUCUUUUCGUUCGUCUCCUGUUCCGCGCGGUGUCUCGAUCCCUUCGAUCGCUUCUCCCUUCUUCAAGAAUUUUCGUGAUCUCUCGAUAUCUUUGGAUAAUUUCGAAGAAGAGGAGGAGAAGAAGGAGGAGAAGGAGAAGGAGGAGGAGGAGGAGAUCGAAGAGGAGACGUUCGGUUCUCGAAGAGCUGUGCGUGCCUCUGCGUGUCCGCUAUACGAGUACGAGGACUACUCACGAGGGAUUCUUUGGGGGAGAAAGAGGUGGCUGCGAGCAGGUUGGGGAACACGCGAAAUCGAUAGUGUCGUGGCAACGACGUUUCACACUGACCCUGUCCACCUGGCGAGCCGCUACGAGGCGGGAGUUGGGACGAGGCUUGGGAACAGGCCGAUCUCGAUCGUUUUCCCGCGCGGAAAUUUCUCGCCCGGAAGUUGGGGGAGAGAGUGGUCGAAUCGUUUCGAGGGGAGGAAGAUAGUUCUUUUUAAAGGAGGAGGAAGAAUCUGGGUGAAGGAUCGAGAGAAUCACGUGAGUCUGAUUCUGCGAUCAGAGCUGGACGAUCUACGGAACACGUGUGUGCAGUCAGUGUCAGAGGGGUGAAGGGACGUUCCGAGGGCCGAGUCUUUGUGAGGAUAGAUUUCAUCUGGUGAUCGCCUGAUAGGCAACGCAGCAGUUGUUUUUUUUGGGUUUACUUGGAAUAAUUGAUUGACGGGAUGAUGGCCAGGUGGAAUGGUACUUUAAGCUGGAAAAGAUGUGCCGGAAGUUGUGCCCUGUUGGCGACACUGUUCGUCGUUUCGCGGGCCGAGGAGGAGGAGAAGGUUGGCAUAUCGCAGACCGCGGCAAUGAAUUAUCUCUCUCAAUUUGGAUAUUUGCAACCUAUGAAUCCAACAAGUGGUGGAAUCAUAUCCGAGGAAACACUCUCUAAAGCAAUCUCGGAAUUUCAAGCUUUUGCCGGAUUGAAUAUAACAGGUGAUAUCGACGAAGAAACAUAUAAAGUAAUGACAUUGCCAAGGUGUGGUGUUAAAGAUAAAGUUGGUCCUGGCUUUGGAAGAUCGAAACGAUACGCUCUUCAAGGUUCUAGAUGGCGUGUGAAGAAAUUAUCAUACAAGAUCAGCAAAUAUCCGCGAAAUUUGCCACAACACAAAGUUGAUGCCGAGUUGAACAAGGCGUUCAAAGUAUGGUCGGAAUACACGGAUCUCGUUUUCGUCCAAAAGAAGUCAGGCCAGGUCCAUAUCGAAAUUAGAUUCGAGAAAGGCGAACACGGAGAUGGAGAUCCUUUCGAUGGACCUGGUGGCACUUUGGCUCACGCUUACUUCCCCGUAUACGGCGGUGAUGCCCAUUUCGACGACGCAGAACAAUGGACCAUCGACAGUUUCCGUGGAACGAAUCUGUUUCAAGUAGCUGCUCACGAGUUUGGCCAUUCUCUCGGUCUGAGCCAUAGCGACGUUAAAUCUGCUUUAAUGGCACCCUUUUAUCGCGGCUAUGAACCUUAUUUCCGGUUAGACGAGGACGACAUUCAGGGUAUCCAGGCACUGUAUGGAACGAAAACGUCAAAUAACGGUGGAAUUCCGAGCGGGCCAAAACCAACUACCACUGCAUCACCUAGCGAAGAGGAUUCAGAACUAUGUACGAAUUCAAAGGUCGAUACCAUGUUCAAUUCUGCGGAGGGACAUAUGUACGUGUUCAAAGGUGAUCGUUACUGGAGAUUAACUUCGGAUGGUGUAGCAGUGGGCUAUCCCAAGCUCAUUUCACACUCAUGGAAAGGAUUGCCAGGGAACAUAGACGCUGCGUUCACGUACAAAAAUGGGAAGACUUACUUCUUCAAGGGCUCGAAAUAUUGGAGAUACGUAGGUAAAAAAAUGGAUGGAGACUAUCCGAAAGAAAUCAGCGAAGGUUUUACAGGAAUUCCGGAUAACAUCGACACUGUGACCGUUUGGACCGGAAAUGGCAAACUCUACUUCUACAAAGGCAGCAAAUUCUGGAGGUUUGAUCCAUCCCAGAAACCACCUGUGAAGAACACUUAUCCCAAACUGAUCUCGAAUUGGGAAGGGCUCCCCGAUAAUCUUGAUGCUUCGAUAGUCUAUCGUGGUUACACGUAUUUCUUCAAAGGGGAUGCUUAUUAUCGAUUCAACGAUAGAACGUUUUCCGUGGACGUUGCUGAUCCAGCAUUCCCUAGGUCGACAGCUUACUGGUGGUUCGGAUGUAGAUCAGCCAAUAAGGGAACGUUAGGUAAUGGUUCAAUCAUUCGAUGGUUCAAUAACCAAUGUAAUGGCAACGAAUGCCUAUGGUUUCCUGAAAAUUCUAUAAAUACGUUUCUGAAUGACGGAAAUUUCUUCAUUCUGGACUCCGUUGAUGGUGACAAUAACGACGUCGGAGACAUCAUAUUAGAUGCAGGCGAAACGGACGAGCAGCUAGUUACGUCUUCCAAUCAGGAUAUGGGCUCCGCGGCGGGAAACGUUUUCACAUCGUCAUCGAUAUUGUGGUAUCUUCCGCUCAAUUUGAUGACCUUAUUCAUCGCUAAGAUUGUUGCCACUACGUAAAAAAAGAGAUGAAUUAGUUGUUGGAGAUCGUAAAGCGUUGAUAUCAUCAACGAAGGUCCGAUAGAAAAUAUUUGAACGGACAAUUAAAACGGAAGGAAAGUGUGACCUCAAAGUGUAUCGUAGACGAAGGGAAACAGUGCCAAAAAAAAAAAUGGCAAUGUGCUAAUCGACGCUCACGAAUCGUGGAUAGUAACUUUUUUUUUUUUUUCAAUAUCGAUGAACAAGUUAACGAUUUGAGAUUUUGUUCGUUGUUACUUUUAAUCUCUCAUGAAACAAUCAUUCCAAUUGAAGCAAAUUAAGCAUUUAAUUUGAAAACAAAUAUUUGCUUCAUCCUAGUUAUUAAGUAUUCUCUGCAGCAUGUUUUAUAAGAUGUGAUUUUUACUUAACGAUAUUAUGUUUCGUUGUUAAUCGAAUCGAUUCAAAAUAUCUUAAAAGACAUGCUGUAUAUAUGUAAAUUAAAAACAAGAACGUGUAAAAUAUGUUUAUACAUAAUAUUUUAUGUCGCAUGCAAUAUUGUGUCAUCAUACCUUUUACACUGCCUAUUUAUUCUUUAUUCGUACAUUGUGAUUUGUAUAAACAUUAAUGUUAAAGGCACUUAUUUUGUGUAUCUAUGCAGGACAUAUACUAGGUUUAAAACAGAACUGAAAUAUGCUGUAACAUGACAUAGCAAAUAAAAAUAACAGUCAAUUGAUUCGUUGACUGAUAAUAUUAUGAAUAUUAUAGAGUUUUCAUUAUUUCCUGCAAAAAUAUAAAUACUUGUAAGGAAACAAGAAAUUAUGAAAAUAUCUUAAAAUCUUAAAUCAUAAGUUAAUAAUAAAUAAUUGAUUUAAAAAUUAAAAAUCAAUGAAAACAUCUAUAGUAUUCAUAAUAAUGAUUACAUCAAAAAAAUAUUUAUCUUCCAUACAAGUGCCUUAAAAUUUUUGAAAAUACAUAUUGUAGUAAAAUGCAGCUUUCUCUUAUAAUUUUUUAUUAUUUGUUGUUAUUAUUGU